AUGAGCUCGUUAAAUCGAACAGUUAAAUAGAUUGGUCAAUAUUAAUACAAUGAGAGACAUUGCUUAGGAGAAGGAGCGUAUGGAAAAGUGUAUUAGGGAAUGGAUAUUAAAACAAAUGAAAUAGUUGGAAUCAAGAAAAUGGAUUUAGUAUUAUUUGAGAGGGAUACUUAUCUAAGGAAUUAGAUUGUUAGUGAGAUUGAGAUAUUAAAGAAGUUUAAUCAUCCAAACAUUGUCAGAUUUAUAGAUCUGAUUACUACUCAAAGAUCUCUUUACAUAAUUACUGAGUUUUGCAAGGAUGGGGAUUUGAAGGAAUUUCUUCAAAAAAGGAGGUUGACAGAAAAAGAGGCUCAAGGCAUCAUGUUAUAAAUUGUAAAUGGAUUCAAAGAAUUAGUUAAACAAGGAGUUAUUCAUAGAGAUCUUAAGCCAGCAAAUAUAUUAAAUCAUGAAGGCAUUGUCAAAAUAGCAGACUUUGGAUUUGCCAAGUACGUAGACAAUUACACAUCAUAAUUAUUAAGAUCAUGCGUUGGUUCUCCAUUAUAUAUGGCACCUUAAAUAUUGCAAAGGAAGAGCUAUUCAACGAAAUGUGACAUUUGGUCAAUUGGAGUUAUAUUUUAUGAGAUGGUAUUCCAUGAUGUUCCUUGGAAGGGAAGGGAUGAGUAGGAUUUGCUCAAAAACAUCUUAAUAAAGCCCUUAGUGUUCAAGGGCAAUCAACCAAUCACUGAUUUUACUCGAGACUUUUUGACAAAGGCUCUGAUUGUAGAAGAAUCUGAAAGGAUUUCGUGGGAUCAAGUCUUUUAGAUGUUUGAAAGUAUGGAAAAGGGAUUAGUUUCCAACAAUCCCACUUUAUAAAAGCUAUAUAAUGAUUAAAAUUUGAGUUGGAUGCAAAAACAAUAAUAAAAAAUGACAGGUGACUAACUAGUUAAGUAAUUAUUAUUUUUGUAACAAAUGAAAUAAAAUAUAGCAUUUCGACACUUUGUUAAUUUCGAGUUGUAUUAAAAAUCAGAUUAAUUGAAGUUACUAUUUAGAAGAGAUUAAUCAUUAGAAGAAUGUAUUGCAAUUCUAUCAAGGCUUGUUCUUGCAUAUAGCAAUUUGUUGAUAUAAUUGAUAGAGGAAACCUGUGAUUCUGGAGAAGAUAUUCUGAUGAAAGGAACUAAGUGGAAUAUUUUAAAUUUCAUCAAGAACGAAUAGGAAUAUUAUAAAAUUUUCUUUUAAAAUUGUAAAGAGCAAUUUUGUAAAGAAACACAAUAUGAAGCUGAAUUAUCAGAUUCUGAUAGAAAUAAAUUAGAAGAUAGUUUGACAACAAAAAUCAUCAAAUUGAUUGGAGAUAAUAUUGAUGAUCUUAAAAAGAAGAUAUCUGAGGGAAUAUUGUAUUAAAAUUUGUUAAUUUUUAGUUAAGAUAGUUUGAUUGCCAUAGAAUUAUUGUUGGAUUAAUAAAUUGCUCAUAAAAAUAUUGUUAAAACAACAGAUUUAGACUUUCAAAUGCUAUUGAUAGAAAAGUAAUAAAGAGAGGAUUGGAGAAAAAUACUAGAUCGCAUAACAAAUAAAUGGAGAUAACUUUAGAAAUUAUGA